CCUUAACUGUGCUUCUGGUGUUCACAGGCUCCCCCUGCCUGCAGGAAGCACAGUGCUGGUAAUCUGCUGCAGAGGGAGCCCAGCAGGUGAGUGGCUGCGCUGGGGGGUGGCUAAAGAGCCGCUCGUCCAGCACAGCAUCCCCGGACAGCUACAGCAGGGCAGCCCACCGGGAAACCUCUCGGUGGGCGCCCCCUAGAGGCCGGUGCCUUAGGCGAAUGCCUUAUUCGCCUUAAUGGUAGCGCCGGCCCUGCCUGGCACCCCCCUCCACAGUGGGCGGCGACCCGGCGGCUCGGAUCGGAUUCGCACAGCCAGCACUGCAGAGAGAGUGAGUGAGCCAAUCAGGGGCAGAGAGCUGCGAGUGCGAGCGCGCCCCCCCAGAUGUUGCGCCCGGUGCGGCCGGCCCCCCCUGCACCCCCCACGCUACGCCUCUGCCGCCUAAUAUUACAAUUUACAAUAAAAUUAGACCUCUAAUUAGAGGAUACCAGAUGCAUAAAAUCCAGAUAAUUCAAUACAUGAAGCAAGGAAAUAAUAACUGCAAACAAUAUAUAAAGCACAUAGGGUAAUACAGUUUAGUACAGCAGUGGAACUACUACUGGUGCAGCUGGUACAACUGCAUUAGGGCUCGCGCGCUGAGGGGGGCAAUGCACUUAGAACCACACAAUUGCUAUGUGUCUUCAGGGAACCUUUAAUAUUGUCAGCCUAGGAGGAAGUGUGUCAGAUUGUUAGUGUCAGUGUGUGCCUCUGUGUGUCUGUUUAUUUGCAUGUGCAUCAUUCUGUGUGUAUAUAUAUAUGUGUGUUAUUUUGUGCAUGUGAGUAUGUGUGUUUGUGUAUCUAUAUGUCUAUUAGUAUGUAUGUAUGUGUAACUGCAUGUGUGCCAGUGUGUGUAUCUGUGCAUCUGUGUAUUGUAUGUGUCUGCGUAUCUGCAUAUGUGUCCGUGUUUGCAUCUGUGUGUCUGUGUAUCUAUUUGUGCAUUUCUGUGUAUCUGCAUGUCUGUACCUGUGUAUGUGUAUAUCUGUAUGUGUGUCAGUGUUUGUAUCUGUAUGUAUGUCAAUGUGUGAAUCUGUGUGUGUGUCUAUGUAUGGGCAAGUGUGUAUCUGUUUGUCUGUAUUUGGUCGUGUGUCAGUGUGUGUCUGUAUCUGCAUGUGUGUCUGUGUAUGUAUGUGUUUUAGUGUGUGUCUAGCAGUAUAUGCAUACAUUUCAGCAUACAAACGUUAACACUACACACAAAUACACCCCUGCAUGCAAACGUCAACACUACAUACAGACAAACCUACAUUUAAAGGCAAACACUACCCACAACUGAACCACUACUUUCAAAUGGCAACUGUAAAUAAAAACACAUAGCACUACACACAAAUACACCCCUACAUUGACACACAUAUACUCCAUACAUAAACAUGGUUACAUUCAAACACUGCUUAGUGCUAAAUACAAUCCUGCAUGGAUGGGCAAAUUGUAUGUCCCCAGCUGGCAAAGCAUUGUGGAAGUUGUACGACAGAUUGGGAUCUACCAUUUGGCCAUCUUUGCAGUGGGGGUGGGGAUGGGAGGACAAAAUUUUUAAUCCAGCCCUUAAGUGAAUAUAAGCAGAUAAAAAGAAACAAUAGGUAUUUAGGUCAAUGAAUGUAUUAGAAAAAAAUACAAUUAAGUCAGGCACAUCACUACAUAAAAUAGUCCUCAGCACUAAAGCAAGUCCUGGAAUCAAUGUGAAAUAAAAUAACAAUCAAAUAAAAGCAAUGGGUAGUUGCUGUGGUCCCAACGUCUUUUGUUCUGUCACCGCACUUAUUCAGAGAAUACAAUAGAUUUCCAGAUAAUCAUGGGAGUUGUAGUUCUGCAACAUUUCAGGUUAUUUGGACUCCUGGGGAUCCCCACUAGAUUUCAUUUCCCACAGGGAUGUUUUUAACCACCAUUCUGCCCUUUAACAAGUGCAAAUAAAUUUUGUGUGGAGUUCAAGCUCUGGAUAAUUAGCUGAAUUCAUAUCCUUCCAAAUAAUAUGUGACCAUAAACUGUGCCAUAAAAGAAAUUUCAGAAAAAAAUUGCUGAAAUUCUACACAAACUGUCUUUAGUCAAAAGCUGAAUUUGAUUUUUUCCCAUUCAUGUUAAUACAAUUUUUCAAUUUGAUACACAGAUUUAUCAUCUUUGCAAGCCUUCAUUUCCUAGUGGUGCUUAUAUAUGUUGAUAAUACAGAUACAAAUUUUUUUCACUUGUUUUUGACUGCUAUAAAAACUUUGCAGCAUCUUGAGUUUGGGGUAUCUUGAUUUGUCUACUAUUCAUUUUGUUAAAUGCUAGAAAAUGUUUGCCAACUGUCCUUUGUUAAAUGUUAAACAAAUAUUUUUUUUCUCAGUUUCAGCUGGCUUUCAAGCCACAUACAUAGAAAUAUGGUAACCUACUUCAAAGGCAACAUAGUUGAAGCCUUUGACAGAGAAUUCCGAUGCUUAUAUGCAGAUUCAUUGGAAGCUGAUUACUUUAGCAGUUUCGACAGUGAAGUUCCCAACAAGGCGUUUGGAAAUAAAAUCACGCGUAAUAAAUGGGCCGUCAAGAAAUCUACACCAAUACCUCCAGCAGUUCCUGAAAUAUCUGUUAAUUCCAAUUCCAGUUCUGACAGCCAAUCCAGUAUUAAGACUCCACCUUUCUUUAAGAACCAGGCAGUCACCAUAAUUUAUGAUCACAAGGAAAAAGGUUCUUCUAGUAACAUCAUAAAACCAAAUGAACAGCAUACUAAGCCAAAAGUGGAAAGUAUCAAUGACUAUCGAAGACCAACAGAUCCUAAAACUGAGAAGAAUAAUCUCCUGGAAAUGCAGAAAUUGCUCUUGUCAAAGUCAACACCUAGUCUCAAUGACAAAGACCACACACAAACUUUCUCUAAGCUUAAAUCCAGAUUUGAAGAUGUGCAAAACAGACCUCUGCAAAUGGAAAAUAAGAUGUCACCAAAAAUGAAAAGUGAUGUAACUUUAAAUAAAGUUUCCAAUUAUGGUGAUUCAGAAGACAAGACGAGUGCUUUAGCUAGUGAUAACACCAAGGACUCAAACAAAAAUGUCAAAAGAAUGACUCUUGGUCAUAGUAAGCUAGAACUUAUUACCCAGUAUAACAAGAUACCAAAUAAAAUAUUCAGUAGAUUUCAGGCAGGUAAUAGAUGACGUAUAAUAGACAGAUGAGAUUAAAGUAUAACCUAUACAAUUGCAAUCUCUUUUUAAUGCUGAAAAAGACUAAAAUAAAAAAAAAGUAUACCUUAAUACUUAGUCAACUUCACAUGCCCUAAGGACACUAUAGUCACCAAAACAACUUUAGCUUAAUGAAGCAAUUUUGGAAUAUAGAUGAUGCCCCUGUAGUCUCACUGCUCAAUGCUCUGUUUUAGGAGUUAAACACUUUAUUUAUGCAGCCUAUAAAGUUAAAUUUAAUGUUUACAAUUUCUUUAUUUUAAAUACUGUUUACUUUAGAAUUUUAUAUCUUUUGCACGGUUAACAACUUGCUAGAAUUUGCAGUAGCCUCCAGUAUGUGAUUAAGGUUCAAUUUACAGAGCAGUAAAUAAAAAUUAAGUUAGUUAGCAUCUGAUUAAAAAUGAAACCAUUUUUUUCAUGCAGGCUGUAUGAGUCACAGCCAGGGGAAGUCUGGCUUAGGCUCUAUAAACAGAAACAAAUGUGAUCUAAUUCCUAAAUGGCAGAGAAUUGACUAAUGAGGCUUCAGAGGCAUAAACUGCAACUUUAAUCUGUUUUAAUGACUAUAGUGUCUCUUUAAGCAAAUAACUUUGGUUAUCAUCUAGGAGAUGUUUUUAUUUUAUCCCCAGCAAUGACCUACAGAAAUCCAUAUUGAAUAGAAAAACACUGUUUUUGUUAGUCUCUAGCAUAUGCUGAGGUGGCCACCACACCAAAGAAAAAAAAGUAAGAAAAAAAUAAAUCUUACCUCUGUUGCACCACUGAGGCCAAGUUCUCCCUGUAGCCCAAUCCUCUGCAGAUGACAAAGCUCCCCCUUUGGAAGGUGAGGGUGGACAUGGGAGGUACAGGAGAUGGGAGCAUGCCACCAUUGGUAGUCUGGUGUCAAAUGUAAGAUUUACACACGAUUCACAUUACCCACCAGGAACUCUUGCUUCAGGCUGGCUAAUGACGCUCCAGUGACGUGGCCUGAAGUGGAGUUACACUACCCAGCAGAUGUGAAGUUGGUUACAAUAUUCUUGUAUGAUGUGUUUUGUAUUUAGAUGUGUGAAACUUUUUAUGAAAAUAUUGUUAAGUGCAGUUUUUUCAUCUAUGUCUAGAUUAAUUGGGUUUUAUUCAGUGCUUUGGGUCUGUAAACAAAAUUGUUAUCCUCUUCAAUGACCUCACAGGCAAGCAAAUCUUUCAGGUCAUCAAGUUAGCGUGAAUGAGUCAUCUACAGGUAAAAUUUAUUCUGAAUAUAACUGCCAUUAUUCCACGUUAAGAACAUAUAUAUGGCUUCACCCUUAUGAACCUAAAUCCAUUGUCCUUAAUUAUUGUUAAUUUUGUAAGAGUUGUUGAAUGCGGUCAAUAAAUAUAAUGUCCUGUUUAGCCCCUUA